AUGAAGCAACAAAUCGGUUUCAUUGAUACUCAAUUUCCCAAUCAUGUCUUCCUUUUAAAAAAGGCUAAUUAUGGUCUUAAGCAAGCGCCUAGACAGUGGUUCUCCACUUUCUCAGCCUACCUGCAUCAAUAUGGCUUUCGGUCCAGCACUGCAGAUCCUUCCUUGCUGCUGUUUCAACACAAUUCAGUUCAAAUAUAUAUCUUAGUGUAUGUAGAUGAUAUCUUGCUCACUGGAAAUUCUAUUUCUGAUAUUGACAGACUUCUAGCUGCAUUGCAUUUGAAGUUCUCCACGUGCAAUCUUGGAAGACUACAUCACUUUAUGGGGUUGCAAGUUAGCUAUACAUCUCACGAUCUUCAUCUGGCUCAAUCCAAAUAUGCAAUGGAUCUUCUUCACAGGGCUGCCAUGGAUAAUUGCAAACUGUUACUUACUCCACUUCCAACUAAAUUUGCUGCAAUCUCCUCCAAUAAUACUCCAUACGAUAAUCCUGAGCAUUAUCGUCAACUCACUAAAGCUCUUCAAUGCUUAACAAUUUCCCGCCCUGUUCUAUCUUAUGCAGUCAACUUUCUCUGUCAACAUAUGCACCUCCCUCUUCACUUACACUAUCAGCUCUUAAAACGGGUACUAAGGUAUGUCAAAGGCACUAUCUCUCUCAGGCUACCUAUUACACCUUCAAAUCUUGUUCUUCAAGGUUUUGCAUACUCAGAUUGGGCCACAUAUCCCAUCACUCGUCAUUCGGUGACUGCUAUUGUGCCUUUCUAA